UCCAUCGUGUGUGUGAGUCUCCAGGGAAGUGGUCGAUCGCACAGUGGAAGUUUUGGGCGCUCCGAGAACACCGGAAACUAUCGCGAGGAAGAAGGGCGAAUAUCCUGGAAUUGGAGAUCCUAUUUUUCCCUUGGGCAUUAAUCUAUUUUAGGGUUCCUGGCUUGGGAGGGAUUUAGGGUUUGUGGAUGGAUCUCAACGUGCUGCCAGAGGAGACGGAGGAGGAGGAGGAAUGCCAGGUCGCAUUGCAGGAGGAAAUUGAAGCGGCGGCGGAAGAGAAUCCAGAGGAGGAGGAGGCGGCGGAGGAGGAUGGCCGCGUCGAGACGGGCGUGGAGACGUAUCGGCGGGAGCGCGAGGAACGAAGGGCGAGGCUGAAACGAAAGCUUGAGAACGCUUCUAUACAACCCGAGAAACCCCGCCGGGCUCCAGCAGCUCCAGCUCCGCCCCCACCGCAGCAACAGUAUGCUGCUUCUUCGAUUCCUUUGAUUCCCAAGGGCUGGAUCGAUUGUCCUCCAUUUGGCGAGCCUGUUCUCAGGUUUGUCCCAUCUAAAGUCUUUCUUGGGGAGGCCUACAAUGCUGCCAUAGAGCCGGGGAAGCGAUAUAGCUGGAAGCGUAUCCUACGACAGCACAAGGAUGUUGGUUUGAUAAUCGAUCUCACCAACACGACCAGAUACUACUCCGCGAACGAAGUGACGAGAGCUGGUCUCAGCCAUUUCAAAAUUCCAUGCAAAGGUAGGAACGAAGUCCCUGACGCUGAGGCUGUAAAUACUUUUGUCUAUGAGACACAUCGCUACCUUCAAAGAUCCAAGACCUCACGCGUCCUCGUUCACUGCACGCACGGAUUUAACAGGACCGGGUACAUGAUUGUCAACUAUCUCGUUCGCUAUUGCGGCCUCCCCGUGACUCAGGCUCUCGCAAAAUUCGCCGCUGCAAGGCCUCCCGGUAUCUAUAAAAAGAGCUACAUUCGGAAAUUAUAUGCGCUCUACCACGACCCCACUCCUUUCGCUGCUCCUGCUGUUCCUGAUUGGAAAAGGCUCGAUUUGAAUGGUACCGUCGAUGAUGAUGACGGCGAUGACGACGAGGACGACCAUACGCUAGACCGGCAAGAAAACGCUGCUCCAAUGACAAACGAUGAUGUUCUUGGCGAUGCAAUUUCAAGUGAGGAGCAAAUCGAACUCCAACGAUUGUGUCUGUCGUUGCUUGACCUGGCUUCACAAUCCAGAAACAUGUCUUUUCCAGGCUCACAUCCCGUGUCGCUGGACAGGAGCAAGCUUCAACUGCUGAAACAACAUUACUAUUUUGCAACGUGGAAAGCGGAUGGAACCAGAUACAUGAUGCUCUUACUUUCUUAUGGCUGCUACCUUAUUGAUAGGAAGUUUGAGUUUAGGAGAAUCCAGAUGCGGUUUCCUCAUCCUCGAAAGGACUCUCCUUUGCCCGUGCAUCAUAUGACGCUCCUAGACGGAGAAAUGGUGAUUGACAAACAUCCAGAGACGGGGAAACUGGAGAGGAGGUACCUCAUAUAUGACAUGAUGGUCGUUAACGCCGAGUCACUUGUCAAGAAACCCUUUUCGCAAAGAUUUCAUGGGAUAGAAUCGGACGUUAUAAGGCCCAGACACAAUGACGCGGGCUCAAGUGGCUACCUUUACAAGGAUGAAGAAUUCAGAGUCCGUAGGAAAAACUUUUGGCCCCUUUCGAGCACAAAACUGCUUUUCCAGAAGCUCAUUCCCGGUCUUUCGCACCGAUCAGAUGGACUCAUCUUCCAGGGAUUUGAGAUGCCAUAUGUUUGCCGAACGUCAGAUAGUUUACUGAAGUGGAAGUUUCCCAGUUUAAACUCAGUGGAUUUUUACCUUCAGAGAUCAGGGGAUACUUUUACUUUGUCGCUGUUAGAGAAAGGAAACCAUCAAGUGCUCCCGGGAGCUUCUGUAAGUUUUGAUGACUCGGUUGAUCCCUCGACGCUGGAGAACAAGGUGAUCGAGUGCUCGUGGAACAACGAGAGGCAGUCCUGGGAAUUCAUGCGAUUGAGGCCGGACAAGCCGCUUGCAAACGCGUUCAACACGUAUAGAAAGGUAUUCAAUAGCAUCAAGGACAACAUCACACAGGAAGAGCUAGUUGAGGAGAUCGACAGAACGGUCAAGCUCCCCAUGUACAAAGAAAAGGACAAACAGUUUCUGAAGUAAGUUAAGCUGACUUGUCCGCAGAUGGAGGAGAAACUAUACAUUUAUGUUGUUCAACCAAAAGCUAAGUAGUCAAAAGAAUGGUGUUGAUUACGAUUA